CUACGAGAAGUCUAAGAAUAUAUAUCCAUAUUUUAUUCUAAAAUCAUAAGUUUUGUGACCAAGAUCCUUCUCUAGAAUCAAGAUGACGGUUUACAGUGUGUAUAUCAUCAACAGAGCAGGAGGUUUAAUUUAUCAGCUAGAUCAUGCCAACCCUAAAACAGAAGUGGAAAAGACGUUCAGUUAUCCGCUCGAGUUAACGCUGAAGAUAAUGGACGAAAGAGUCGUCGUCGCAUUCGGUCAAAGAGACGGAAUACACGUUGGACACACGGUGCUAGGCGUGAAUGGUGAUAAUGUCAAAGGUCGUCAGCUGGAGGAUGGUCGUGAGGUGCUUGAAGUGAUAGCCAAUCAGGAGAAUUACCCGAUAGCGAUCAGGUUUGGACGGCCCAAACUCUCCACCAAUGAGAGGAUCAUGUUGGCUAGCAUGUUUCACUCGUUAUAUGCCAUUGGAAGCCAGCUAUCACCAGAGCAAAGGUCAUCAGGUAUUCAGCUUCUUGAGACAGACGCAUUCAAGCUAUAUUGCCAUCAGACACUCUCAGGUGUGAAGUUGAUCGUGCUCGCUGACCCCAGGCAAGGCACUAUGGAAGGACUACUGAAGAAGAUCUAUGAACUUUAUGCGGAUUACGCUCUCAAGAAUCCAUUCUACUCAAUAGACAUGCCAGUCAGAUGCGAGCUUUUUGAUUUGAACCUCCAAGCCACCUUAGAGGCGACUGAGAGAACCACUUUCUAUGCUCCAGGCUCAUGAUGACUGAGCCAAAGAGAGAGAGAAAUGUAACAUUCAAUGAACAAGAAAGACUAUGUUCUGGACUUAUGUCAGAGACAUGUAGUUCUCACAGAGAAUUUCACACCAUUCAGGUGUGAUAAAUCACAGAGAGUCGACUUCACUUUAAUGACCAAUGGACU